AUGUCGUUUCAAUUGUUUGCAAAGACUCCUGUAGAAAGCGAGAUAUUUGAGGGUUACCCAUCGUUCCGUAAGUUAGAUUUGUGUGAGAGUCCUAACUUUAUUACAUCUAAAUUAUCUCCAUGUGGUAGGUUUAUAGCGAUAUCUACUGAAAGUAGAGUGCAGGUGUUCAAAAACGGUGACUUUCAGGACGUGUUGUUGGAAUUGAAGCUGAAAGAUGUAUAUGAUCUUGAGUUUUCUCCGGGUGGGUCGUAUUUAUCUACAUGGGAGCGGCCUCAUAUUGAUAAUGAGACGCAUGAAAAUGUGAAGAUUUGGUAUUUGAACGAAGAGGAGCCUUCUGCUGAGGAAGUGAAGUAUCAGUACCAAGCGCGGACGCAGAAUGCUUGGGCACUGCAAUUUUCGAAGUUGGACAACUAUGCAGUGAGGAGGUUUGGGAAGGAAUUGCGUAUUUCUAAGCUGGAUCACGCAGCGCCGAAGUUUAAUUUUGAUAGGCCUUACGCAAAACUAGUCCCUGAUGGGCAGGUGUCGAGGUAUUUGAUCUCACCUGCAGAACACCCAACGAUCUGUACGUUCUCUCCAGAAAAGGGGGGCAAGCCUGCCCAAUUGACCAUCUAUCCUAUCACUGAAGGGACUAUACAAAAGAAAAUAGUGUCCAAGAUCUUCUUCAAGGCAGAUUCGUGCCAGUUGAAAUGGAAUGCUCUUGGAAACGCGGUACUGUGUUUGGCUAUCACAGACUUUGAUGCUUCGAACCAAUCCUACUACGGAGAAAACACUUUGUACCUGCUUUCAUUCCAGGGUGUCAACGGAUCGUUAGGUGGCGAAUCCGUCAGAGUUCCUUUAGGCAAGGAGGGUCCUAUUCACGACUUCACCUGGUCACCGACCUCAAGACAGUUUGGUGUCAUCUAUGGCUUUAUGCCCGCCACCAUUACUUUCUUUGACAUUAGAGGCAAUGCUGUUCAUUCGCUGACUGAGCAGCGUAAAAAUACCAUGAUUUAUUCCCCUAGCGGCAGAUAUAUCUUAAUUGCAGGUUUUGGGAACUUGCAAGGCGCCGUCGAAAUCUUGGAUCGUCACGAUAAAUUUAAAUGCAUCACCAAGUUCGACGCAGCCAACACCUCUACUUGUACAUGGUCUCCAGGUGGCGAAUUCAUUCUCACUGCAACAACUUCGCCUAGGCUGAGAGUGGAUAACGGUUUGAAAGUUUGGCACGUCAGUGGCAAAUUGUGCUUUGUCAACGAGUACGCUGGGUUGCUUGAAGCUUCCUGGAGGUAUCCUUGUAUCUACAAAGUUAAGCAACCAGGUUCUCAUGUCAUUGUAAAUUGGGAUUCAAAGAAACUUCAGGAUUCCCCAGCCUUAAAGGAUCCUGUCUUAAAUCCUUCCCAGGUUGAAAUUCACCCAAGUGUUACUGCCUAUAAUGAAAAGAACCCAAAGAAAAAUAACGGCACCAGCAGCGUCUCCAAACCAGUAGGUGCGUACAAACCACCUCACGCAAGAAGAGCUGCUGCUACAGGGUCCUCGGUUCCCGGUGCCGCCGUCAAACCUGCUGUACCUGGUAUGACCCCUAAGGCUUCAAAGGGUCUUGUCCCGGGCAUGGCUCCUAAGGAAUCCAAAUCUCAAGCCAAAAAUCGCAAAAAGAGAGAGCAUGGUCAUUCCAGAAAAGCCGCUCCCACCAACGCUGACUCCGAUGAUAACCCAAGCAGCAUCGCAACUACUCCCGAGCCAAAGGAAAUGCCUAAGCCAAACAAAGAGACUUCCCCCGAGGAAAAGAAAAUCCGCUCUCUUUUGAAGAAAUUAAGAGCCAUUGAGUCCUUAAAGCAAAGACAAGCAGUUGGCGACAAGCUAGAAGACACACAGAUCUUGAAAAUUCAAAGUGAGCAAAAAGUCUUGCAAGAAUUGAAUUUGCUAAGUUUUUCGGAGCCUUGA